AUGUCGCCUCCGCAAGACCAGAUGCGACAACCGUCGGCCAACAUUAGCUCAGUUUCGGGGGCCGAGAUCCUACAGGCAAUUCACAAGCUGACAAGAUUGGUGGAGAGCCAGCAACCUCUUCAACACUACCAGCAGCAGUCACCCGCACAGGCUAUCGACUCCUCGCCCUACGUGUCUCAGUCAGUCUCCGAGCAACAUCAUCAAUCCGAGGGGCCGGAGAGCUUAACGCAUCACGCUACGGUACGACCUCAGGGGGUUGAAUCAAUUCUCGACUGGGAAAUCUUUGCCCCAGACCGGCCCACACAAUGCCUUUUCGCCCAGCGGAACCCUCCAAACAUGGGUAGUUACUCUCUACCGGAUACAAGCUAUCCUCAGCUCGCGCGGCUGGAGUCAAAGUAUAUCGAUACUCUCCACACCAAGAACCCGAUCCUGGACCUAAGCGAUCUGCAUCGCAUGAUGUUACAAGUUGCCGAGGACGGACUCGACUGGUCUACACAAACGUGUUUGGUAGCCCUGGUGUGCGCCAACGCUGCCAUCACCGAGCCUUAUCCCGAGUCCGGAGGAGGAGAUGAGAUACACUUGUCGUCUACGCCAAAUCAAAAGGCUAGGGAGAACGCCGAGUUGGGCCUGUCGAUGCAAUUCUGGAAUGUCGCCAUCAAACGCCUUGGUUAUGCAUCAGGACAGAGCAGCGUUCAGGCCGUUCAAUGCUUAUGUCUGGCAGGCAUAUGGUACAUGCAUCGACUCGAACCUCUUGAAGCUUGGAAGCACUUCAGCCUCGCCGGGACAGCAUGGCACAGUCUCAGCUUGACACACUUCCCUCAUGGGGAACUCAUAAACCAAGCCGACUCUUCCUCCAACGAACUCACCAUCAUGCAGGCUCUCUACUUCACCAUCUGGAAGUCGGAAUGCGAGCUGAGGCUAGAACUACCCUUGCCGAGCCCCUCGGUCCUCGACAACGCGUAUUUCCCUCUGGCGUUCCCCCAGCCUCCAAGUCUCGGCUCGCACCCGCUAGAUCCCGAUACAACGGAGCGAGAGCGGAGCUGGUAUUACUACCUCAGCGAGAUCGCGGCAAGACAUCUCAUCAAUCGGCUGCUCCAGAUGAACUCGGAGGUUCCCACCACGCCAACGGAGAAGCAGGUUCGUCGCAUGAUCUCCCAAGCUGAGAUGAUGGAAACUCAGAUUUUCGACUGGUACUCUUCGUUGCCGCCAAUCUUCUACUUUGACAUCCCAGAGGGCUACCAAAUCGACUUUCAUCCAAACGCCAUGAUAUUUGUCUUGCGGCAUCGGUAUUUCACCCUUCGCGAGCUUGUGUCACGACCGUUCGUCCGGCUUUGCGUGGAUCGGCUCGUAGACGGAAUGGACCCUUGCCUCCAUGCCCCGGUUACCUCGUUUGCGUCCCAAUGUCUACAGUUCUGCAUGCUCAAGCUGGGCCAAGUCGUGGGUCAUCGGCACCAGGGCGCCUGGUACACCAUCCGCAUGACAGCCAGUUCAUGUCUAACCCUGGCAGCUGUUCACAGGGCUCAGCGCCACGCUGAUGAGAUCCAAGCAACCUUUAUCGUGCAGAAUGUCAUUCUGCCGGAAACAUGGAGAGACAAGGUUAGACAGGCUGUGGACUCGAAUCAGCCACAGUUUGACGAGCCGAAUGGGGGAGCCUCCAACCUUAAACAAGUAGUGGAAGCGAUAUUGGAGUCAAGUCUGGAUUACCCGACUCCACUACAGUAG